AUGCAACGAGCACAGUCGGCAGUGGAUUUUUCAAAUCUACUGAACCACGAAGCCCCUGCGCAAGGCACGAUCACCGUCGCCGUCGCAGCCUCUGAACCGGCUCCGGCCCAAAGCCGGGAUUCGUCAUCCCAGACACAACAGCAGAACGUUGACGGAGACGGAGACGUCGACAUGGCCACCGUCACAGUCCUCCGCCCAAGGGGUCCGCUACCCAGCGACCAGCAGCCCACCGACGCCUCGAACGAGCUGCCGCGCCCUUACAAGUGCCCGCUCUGCGACAAGGCAUUCCACCGUCUCGAGCAUCAGACUCGGCACAUCCGCACUCACACAGGAGAGAAGCCGCAUGCCUGCCAGUUCCCCGGCUGCAGCAAGAAGUUCUCCCGUUCUGACGAGCUGACCCGCCACUCGAGAAUACACAACAACCCCAACUCCAGGCGAGGAAACAAGGGCCAGCAGCCGCAUCCCAUGCUCUCCGGUGCCAUGCAGCCCGGCGACAUGAUGCCGCCGCCGCCGCCCGCGCCAAAGAACAUUCGCUCGGCCCCCACAUCGACUCUCACCUCUCCCAACGUGUCGCCGCCACACUCCUACUCCGCCUAUGCCAUCCCCAACGCAUCAGGUCUGAGCCCUUAUGGCCGCGGCCCCCAGGGCGUCGCUGGCAUGGAUAUCUCGAUGCUCGCAAAGGCUGCGAACCAGGUCGAGAGGGAAACCCUCAUUCCCGCCCCUCACUCGCAUAGGCAUCACCCCUAUUACUCUCACAGCCUCCACUCGUCUCGCGGUCACUUGCCCUCUCUCUCCGCUUACCACAUGUCAAGGAGUAGCUCUCACGACGAGCAUCACGACGACCACUAUCACUCUUACAGGCACGCCAAGCGCUCCAGGCCCAACUCGCCCAACUCCACGGCCCCGUCCUCGCCAACCUUCUCCCACGAUUCUCUGUCGCCUACUCCAGACCACACUCCUCUGGCCACUCCUGCUCAUUCGCCCCGUCUCAGGCCGUCUUACACCGCAACCUACGAGCUUCCGCCUUUCAGGCAGUUGUCUCUGCAGCACACGACGCCUGCUCUCGCUCCCCUGGAGCCCCAACCUGAGACUCCUUUCCCGCCCAGCGCUCCUGCUGCCAGCGGGCCGCGAACUGGCAUGUCUCUUUCUGACAUCAUGAGCCGCCCAGACGGUUCCCAGAGGAAACUGCCUGUUCCUCAGGUCCCCAAAGUCGCUGUCCAGGAUCUUCUCGGCCCCACUGACGGUUUCAACGUUAGUGGCAGGAGCUCUUCCUCUAACAGCAUUGCUGGUGGGGACCUGAUGGACCGGAUGUAA